AAAGCGGGACAAAAAUGGUUAAAGAUGAUGUCAAAAUGGAUGCUAAAAAAGAUAUAGUAGAAAUUAGUAAAGAAGAUAUCAAAAAAGAUGUCAAAAUUGAUGCUAAAGAAAUUACCAAAGAUGAUAAAGAACUUAGCAAAGAUGAUGUCAAAAUGGCUGUUGAAAAAGAUGCUACAGAAAUUAGCAAAGAAGAUGUCAAAAUAGAUUCCAAAGGAGGCGAGGAAGGAAUUAUCAAAGAAGAUGACAAAAAGGACGAAAAAAAAGAUGAUCAAGAAAUUAAAAAGGAAGAUACUAUAAAGGAGGUCAAAGAAGAUGGUGAAAAAACUAGCAAAGAAGAUGACGUUAAAUCAGAAAUAAAGAAAGAUGAUAAAGAAGAUAAAGUUGAGUCUAAAUUAGAAGAAAAACAAGAUAUUAAAGAUCAAAAAGAUAAAGAAGAAAAAUUAGAAGUUAAAGAUAAGAUUGUACAAGAAGAUAAACUUCCAAAAGAUAAAAUAAACGAUGCUAAAGAAGAAAUGAAAGAAUCAGUGAGCAAAGACAUCAAAGAAAUCAAAGAUGAUGUUAAGGCAGAUCUUAAAACAGAAAUUGAAGAAAAAGUAGACACCAAAACUGAGAUUGAAAAACCAAAAGAUAUCGAAGAUAAAGAAGAAAUUAAAGAACCCAUUAAAGAUAUUAAAGAUCAAAUAAACGAUGAUAUUAAAGACGUAAAAGAUGAAGUUAAUGAGGUGAUUAAAGAUGCCAAAGAAAUUAAAGAAAAAGUUGAUGAGAAGAAAGAUGAUGAAAAAGUUGUUGUUGAAGAUCGUGGCCCAACUCAUCCAAAAGAUGAAUCUAAAGAAGAAAAAGAGAAAACGAUGGUGUCAGAAAAUGAUGCAAAAUCAGAACCUUCAAAAGAUGCUUCAAUGGACUCUACUGAAGAUAUUAAGCAGGAUGCAAAAGAAGUUAAAAUUGAAAAAUUAGAAUUUGAAAAAAUUGAUUCUAAAGAUGUCCAAAAAAUUGAUUCAAAAGAAGCACUUAGUAUAAAAGAUCAUGAAGAUAGCAGAUCGAGUUCUUUAACAGAAUUGCCUGAAAUGUCUUCUGAACAAACUGUUCAAACGUACUGGGAAGCUGAAAUAAUUGAUAAAAUUGAUUUAGGAAGGAAAUCCCUCAAAGAACGGGAAGAUGUCGCGAAAAUAGUCGCAAGCGUAGCUGAGGUGCUAAAAUCUGAUGCUCCAUUAGAAGAAUUUGAAGAAUUAAGAGAAACCCACAUCACAACGUUAGAUUCCCCAGUUGCAGAAUCAAAAAUAAUCAAAGAAGUUAUCCAUGAAGUCGACGAGGAGAGAAGAGAUUCAAAAGCUUCUGAUUUAAUUAAAGAAUCCCAAGAAUUAAUGGCAGCCACUUCACGGAUGAUCAAAGAUAUUAAAACUAAAAGUGAUGACUUAGAGAGUGCUUCUGAUUCUGGAACUGGAUCAUAGAAUGUUGGUUAUUGCUUCCAGUGAAGAUGGAGGUGAAGAAAUCGAAAUUUGCCCGAAAUGAUUCCGAAAGGAGAGUUCCAAAAAAUCAACUCUCGACAUCGAAAUAUCUGAUUAUGAAAAAUAAGAAAUCGAAGUUAGUGUGAAAAAAAUUAUGAAAUCAGAACAAUCAAGAAUAUUUCCAGACAAAUCAGAAAAAUCAAGUCCGGAAGAUAAAGAGAAAUCGCCAUUGCCAGUUUCUGAUUUAACAGAAACAACUAAAGAUAAAAAAUCAGAACCGGAAAGUAAAGAAAUUGCUGAUUCUGGAAGAUCAACCCCAGAAAUAGACGAUGCUAAAAGUUUGGCAACGUUAGAAGCUCCCCAUAUAAAAGCAGCCUCAGAUUCAGGGAGAUCCACCCCUGACACAAAAAGCUUAGAAGAAACCAAACAAAUCGAUGAAGAAAUAAAACCAUCAACUCAAGUUUUGCCCCAAGACCAUGAAAAAAUGCGAGGCUCAAUUACCGAAAUAUCAGAAAUUUUAACUUCAAUAACCGAAUUAAGAGAUAAAUCUUCGAGCAAAGACGAUUCAUCUUGCGAGAAAAUUUCUGAUCAAUUUGAAAAGUCGGGAAAAUCAACGCCGGAUGCGACCUAAUCGAUAAUGUCUGGGAAAUCAACGCCUUAUAUGAAAAACAGAAAACUCGAAGUGUUAAACUCCCGGUUUGAAAGAGUUUGUAAGUUCUGGACAAUCGUUAAAAGACGAACUGAAAGAGGCAGACGAACGAAAUGAUUCGUUCUCGACGAAAUCAGACGAAAUCCUACUUUCUUAUGAUUCUUGUCAAAUCAAAAAUAAAGGAAAUGAGAAAACUGAAAAGACUGAUGAGG